AUGACACCGUCUGUAUAUACAAGAGGCAAGAAGAGCGUUCAUGGCAUUCGACAGAACGAAGAGAUGCGCGAAACUAACCACGUCGACGCCCGCUCGACUGGGAUCGAGUCUUACGACAUAUUGGAACUGUCAAAACCACCUCGAGAUCCAGACAACGCUUAUUCAUUUUUGAGCGGAAGCAAUGGACGGACAGUCGACAUAGCAAAGGAUGCAUAUAAGCUUCCGUGUUCUGGCUGUAGAGACGUCGCGAAAACGUAUACCAGAACGUGCAUCUCCCCUAUUCGUGACUCGUUCGCUCGCACUUCCUUCGUCUUCGCGGCAUCUCCCAGGUCUAUCGUUCAUUCGUCCUACGAUCGUACGACCAACAGACAUCGUCUCGGGACGAUGGAGAUCCGUGGAUACGACUUCGACAACGAUCGUCGCUUCCUCGCAAAAGUUCUGGUGGUAGAACCGGCCUACUUCUUCAACAUACCUCGAGUGGUAUGA